AUGCGGCUGUCGGUGCUAUUCCUCCUCUCCCUGGGCUCCCGGAUAUUCACGUCGGCGUCACCAGCUCCUGCUGCUCGGCCGGACAAGCAGUAUAGUAGCAGUGAUGCCAUCGAUACUACGGUACCGGAGCUUAAGGAGCUAACACCCGACAAUUUCAAAGAGACUAUAAAGAGUGGUUAUUGGUUUAUAAAACACUAUUCUCCAUAUUGCAGGCACUGUAUUAUCGCAGGACCAGUCUGGCAGACGCUUUACGAAUUCUACCUAAAAUCCUCCCCCGCAACAGCUUCCUCUCCACACCCUGUAUCACCCCCUUCAUUCACCGAAACCUACGAUUGGCACUUUGCGAACGUAAAUUGUGCAAACUUUGGCGACUUAUGCAAUGAGAAUGGCGUCACGGCGUACCCAAUGUUCGGACUGUUCAAAGAUGGUGAAAAGCUUGAUACGUUCCAAGGAAAGCAGAACAGUAUGAAACUUUUGUCAAAAUUUAUGGAAAAGCACUUAGAGAAAAUCAAGCCCGGAUCACGACCAGCAGGCCUUGAACUCCCGAUACCUCCAACUCUAGAAGAAUUUCAAAAGACCCACCCCACCGAAAAGAAGCCCUCCCCUGCAGAAGAGACAGCCACGGCAGCAGCUGAAGCAGAGCCAACGUCCUCUGUCGAAGCACCGAAACCAAAGCCAACUCCUCCACCAAGGAAAGGACCAACCCCUAACCCUGAUGGCAAAUCCUUCACUCUUGACGCCUCAAACUUCCAGCGGAAGGUCCUUGAUUCCGAGCAAGGAUGGUUCGUCAAAUUUUACGCGCCAUGGUGCUCCCAUUGUCAAGCCAUGGCACCAGCCUGGAACACCCUAAGCUACGAAUUGCAGGGAAUGCUCAACAUCGGUGAAGUUAAUUGCGAAAUCGACCGCCGUCUCUGCAAGGAAGUCUCUGUCUCCGCCUACCCGACAAUCAUAUUCUUCCAGAACGGGGAAAGGAUCGAAUACAAGGGCCUCCGAGGUGUCGGUGAUCUCGUUUCCUGGGCUCGCAAAGCCGCUGACUCCGGUAUCAAGGAAAUCGGAGACGCCGCCGACUUUGAAGAGAUUCAAAAGAAACACGAUGUCAUCUUCUUGUACUUCUACGAUCAUGCAACUGUUUCCGAAGACUUUGAGGCCCUAUCGAGGGUUACAAUGCCCUUGAUUGGACACGCACCCCUUUAUAAGACGAAUUCCGACCAUUUGGCGAGAAAGUACCGUAUCACGACCUGGCCACAGCUUGUUGUUCUCAGGGAUGACCGUCCGACUUACUAUCCUGCCCUUUCACCUGCUGAUAUCAGAGAUACCAACAAAAUCGUGGACUGGAUGAAGACUGUCUGGCUCCCAACUGUCCCUGAACUCUCUGCCACAAACUCGCAUGAGAUCAUGAACGGCAAGACGGUAGUUUUGGGCAUUUUCGAUAGCUCUAAGGAAGAAGAUUUCAGAAUGGCUAAGGAUGAAAUGAAAAAGGCAGCUCAGCUAUGGUUUGAAGGCAAAGAUAAGGACGAAAAGCUCGAAAGACAGGAACUGAGAGAUAGAAAGCAACAUAAGAUCCAAGAAUCACUCGAUCGUGGGGAUGACCGAGGCUAUAGAAACGCCAAGGGCACACCGAUCGUGCUACCUAUGAGGAAAGAGGUCGGAUUUGCCUGGGUUGACGGUGUAUUCUGGGAACGUUGGGUCAAGCAAACAUAUAACAUUGAUGUUAAGGAAAUGGGUAAUAGGGUCAUUAUCAAUGAAGAGGAUAGGAAGAGAUAUUGGGAUACCAAUACGGAGGGAGAAUCGAUACUUCCGUCUAGGACCGCGAUUCUUGAUGUCGUUAAGGACGUUAUUAAGAAUCCGUACAAGUUGCAGGCGAAGAGUACAGUUGGAAGGUUCGAGAGGGCGUUUAGAUCCGCCAAAGACCAUGGAACGAGUCAUCCAGUGCUGACAAUAAUCGUUAUCAUUGUGGCUCUCGGAGGCGCAUACCUUUGGAGGAGCAGGAGACACAGAAGAGGGUUCGGUCCACACCCAGGAUUGGGAUUGAACCCCGGUAAGGAAGGUGGGUGGGGCCAAGGAUGGUUCGGAGGUGAGAAAGAUGGUAUGUUUGGAAGCAGCGGUGGCAGUGGGAAGUAUGACUGA